AGCUCACUGCAGACGUGAAUGGCUGCUUUUGCUGCAGCGUGGCCCCGUCGGAUCCAUGAAGGCCUCCGCAGAACUGGGGACGCAGGCUCUCCCGCUGCAGCGCAGGGGGAAAGGAUGCCGGCUCAAGGCCAAAGCCUCCUAUGUGGAUGAGUCCCUUUUCGGUAGCCAAACUGGGCGGCAGAGCGCGGUAACGGAGUUCGAUCCCCCAUGGGCGGAGAACAAAGCCAGCCCCCAGAGGCCCUUGCUAUGGAGCCCGGCAGCUACGCAGCGGGAGAGGGACGCCACCCCCCAGAAAGGCUCUCUGCCUGCCAGCACACCACGAAAGAGGAAUAAAUACAGGCUGAAAAGUCACACCCCUUCCUACUGUGAUGAGACCCUGUUUGGGUCAAAGCCAGGGGGACAGAAAUGGGAAGGUCCCGGGAUGUCGGACGAGGAUGUGGCUAAGCUCCGCCCUUUGCUUUGGACUCCACCUUCUGCACCGAGAGACCAGGCAAACCUUCCUCUGCCUCAAAAGAUGGGGCAGAAAGCCGCUAAUAGGGAAACACCAAAGUCAUGGAGGGAUGAAGGGUUUGGAGGACGAAACAGAAGAGAAGACUCUUUUUGGAAACAUCCCGAGAGCUGCAAAGAUGCAACCAACCAGGGAAUCUCUGGAAGGGGACAUUCCCAAUCCCUUACCAGGAUAUAUGGAACUUCUGAUCGAAUUCAGGCAUCGGUAAGCAAACCUAGGACAAGCAUGCCGCAGGAUCGACACCCUCCAGCGAUCCCCACAGGGCCUCUGUCCAGGUCGUGUUCGAGGGGCGUCUCUGGACCAUCAUCUGCCAGGAUGCUGAAAGUCCCAAGUGCCUGUAAGCCCAAGCCACCCUGGAAAUAAAGUGGCUCUUCUCACGUGUGGCAUGAGUGAAAUGUCCAUGGGAUGGU